AUGACCCUAAGAGAUAAACUUCUGUCAAUUACACAUUCAAUCGAUGACACACUAAGCUUGCGAGGUGAUUCGCCGGAGAAAGACGAACACCACGAUAAGCAUCAUACUGAUGAUGCACUGCUAAAAAAGACAAGGGAAACUGCAACAAGACGUGAUCUGGGUUUUGGCGAAGGCAAAAGCAAGAAUGAGAUGACAACGAGCCAAGAUGAGCUGGGGAACGGUCCCAAACACGAAAAGCGAAAAGCUGAGAAUCACACGUGUGGUCGUGCUAAGGAACUGACUGAGGAGUCGCAUACGAAUUCUGAGUUGAAGCAAUCUGCACCCCGUCGCAGUGAUACUCAAGAAUCAGAGGAGGAUUGUGCCAUGCCAUCUGGUGACAUGAAUGCAAACUUCUUUUCCACAUUGAUGAACAACACCACUCUCAGUUCUGGAUUUGGAUCGUUGCGCAAUUUGAAAACUUCUGCAAUGGAAAACUUUUUGAAAGGAAAAAAGGAUGGCAUAGACGAAGAUAACCACAGAAAUCACCAUCACCAUCAUCAACAACAACAACACCAACACCUGAAACAUUUGCAUCCAGGAAAAGUCUCCAGCUCGACAACGAGUGGUGCAUCACUGCCAAUUCAUAGUACACCUAAUUCACGUCCAGCAAGUCCUCAACCUGUCCACAAUCCUCACCACUCAAAUGUCAAUGCCGAUGAAAGUAGUCACAAAACACUACCUCAUGACAUAACUAGUGGUGAAAACUCAUCUACGGACGAGUCAAGUGACGAGGAGGAAGAGUUUGAAGCUUCUCGGUUAGCUGAACCUGGCGUACCAAGGAAGGAAGCUGAUGAAACUUUUCUCGCAAGAGCAGAAAAUCCUCCAUCAGCAACACCAAUGGAUCUGGAGGUGACCUCUUACUCAACCUUGAACAAUGAUGCCUCCGCCCAAGAAGAGCCCCUCACAGAUGGCGAUACCCUUGCCAGUUUUAGGAAAAAUACCAUUAUUCUUGAAGACGGGGGAAACCAGGGAUUGACCAACGAUCAAAUUGAACAUUUGACACCAUUCCAGAAAUCGGUUAUUGAAAAAUUGGACCCGCAUCAUAUCAAGGAAGGAGUUUUAGUUAAAGUGCGUAACCGGCAAGAUGAGCCUGGGGAUGGUGGCAAGUUAAGUGCCACGAGGAAGUUGCUACGUUACAAGAUUGCAGAGAGGUUGACACAAACCUUUGAAUUGAGCCCAGAUGACAUAUUCCGUGGAAACUUUAAUGCCUGGUUAGUCAAAGAUGUGAUUCUACAAGGGCAUAUUUAUUUGACGGAAAAGGCCUUGGUUUAUUUCGCUUUUCUACCCCGGAGAUACAGCAUUGAAGAGUCCGCUGAUCCAAGAAACUUUGACGAUUCAGCUACGGUGGUUCAUAGUGGAGCAUUGGGUAUGAAGACGGCAAAGUAUGGGGACUCCAAAUUCCAAACGGUAUUAACCCACAGAUAUUGGGCAAUUCUUCGUACGGAAACAUUGACAAUUUACAGUUCAUUCACAGAUUUAUACUUUCCUCUCAAGGUUAUUGAUUUGAGGACUUGUUUGUACGCUGAGAUAGCCACCAAGGAGAAAAUCAAAGAUGUAACCUCGCCGAUACUGAGAGGCUCACAAACUCCAUCAGCCAUCCGUAGUGGAUACACAUCUGGUCAAAUUACACCACCCAUUAUACUGGAAACAGCAUCUGAUCUCGAUUCUAUGCUCUCACAAGAAGGAUUCGAGGCUACUGAAGAUAAUGUCGAAGCUAGAAGCUCCUCCGUGUGGAUCAAUUUGGUUGCAAAGAAAAAAACAUAUCGAUUUCAAUGUGACAAUUUGCAUUCGGCAAGACAAUGGUGCAAUACUUUGACAAAACUGAUUUUCCAACUUCGUAAUGCCACCACCACUGGGGAUGUGUUUGUGAAAAUUCCUAUUGCAAAUAUUGUCGACUUUAGACGUCGUACCCUUUUCGAAGAGGAAGACGGUAUCAUUGAUGAGGCAGAAAAUGAUAUACCUUUGAGUUUUAGCAUCAAAUAUGUAACUAACAAUCCUCAGGAAAAGAAGAAGCGGGAUAAGAUAAAGGAUAAAUUCAAGCACGCUGAAGAAGAGAUUUAUCUUUUGGUUCCAAAGAGUGGUCUCGAUUUUUUCAAGACUUUUGAGGAUGUGAUGCAAAAGCAGGCAACAAGAGUUCAAGAAGGGCACAAGAUGUUUGGUUCCAAAAAACCAGAAUUGGAAAAGACAUUUACGUCGUUAUCACCAUCAGUAAACAGGGUGGUUCAAAACUUGAUAAAUUCGAAUUUGCCGGAGGAGUCACGCGAAAACACAUCAGCUUUUAAAAAGUUUGGUAUUUCCUUCGGGUUACCUUUCAAGGACGAAAUUACCCCAACAUUCAACCUUCCUGAGGUGGAGCUUGAGCAGGAUCAUCUCUCAUUUCCACGCGCAAUGUCUGAGAAUGUAUUCAAAGAUUUAGACAUUACGUUUGAGUCCACGUUCAAAAACUUGAAAGAUGCUUCAGACAGAUGGGAUAGCGAUUAUCAGAAAACAAUCAAUGCCAUAGACAAUCUUCCGAUUCCGUCGCUUCGAUUAGAUCAAAAGGAUACUAGAAAGCGAGGUUUUGGUAAGAACAUUAAGUUGUUUUCCAAUAUGACAGCAAAGUUUUCUGCAUCUCCCAUCCAUUAUACUAUCGAGGAUAAAUACUAUGUCUCAGAAUCAAAAGAACGUGAAGAAGCUUUACAACAUUUCCAAGAGCACUUUUCAUUGUAUAAUUCGAGGUUGGUUGCGUCCUAUUAUUGUCAUUUGAUAAGAACGGUUCCAGUUUACGGUAAGUUGUACGUUGCUGAGCAUGAUAUUUGUUUCAGAAGCUUGCUUCCAGGUGUGUCUACCAAGAUGAUCCUUCCGUUGACAAACAUCGAUGGUAUUGAACCAGUUAGUGGAAAAAUAUAUGCGGGAACAAAACUCACUUUACAAGGGGCGGAAGAAUUGAAUUUGGAAUUUGCAUUUGCCAAGUCUCGUGACGAUUUCACAAAUGUUGCUUGGGAGUUGUUGGACAAACUUCACGCUAAUGAAAGUUUCCACCCAAAACCACAUGAAUGGGGUCCCAACCAUAAUUUGGAGUUGUCAAAAACACGAAUGGAGUAUACAGACUCUGAAAGAAGAAGACUUGAUGACAGAGACAAUCAUCGUGAUUUGGAGAUUGCCGAGCUGAAGGUGAGUCUCGCAAGGAUCAAGAUGUUUGAAGAUCGUUUGACUUCGGCAUCUGGGUUGGACAUUCCAAUCGUAUUAGAAGAUUCACCGUUUUUCAAAACCGAAAUGAAACCUUCAACAUCGUACAAUAUUACCCUUCUUACCAUUGGAUCACGAGGUGAUGUUCAACCUUAUAUUGCCUUGGCGUUGGGAUUGCAAAAGGAAGGGCACACAGUUACAAUAGCUACACAUGGCGAAUUUAAAGAUUGGAUAGAGAAAGACCAUCACAUAAAGUUUAAAGAAAUUGCUGGAAAUCCAAGUGAGUUGAUGUCAUUCAUGGUUGGGCAUAGUACAUUAUCGGUUACGUUUUUAAAGGAUGCACAAGCUAAAUUCAAGGAUUGGAUUUCGAAAUUGUUGACCACCAGUUGGCAGGCUUGUCAAGGAGCUGAUCUUUUAAUUGAGAGCCCUUCUGCAAUGGCUGGAAUACACAUUGCCGAAGCUUUAGUGAUUCCUUAUUUUAGAGCAUUCACAAUGCCAUGGACCAGAACAAGGGCAUACCCGCAAGCGUUUUUGGUGCCUGAUCAAAAGAGAGGUGGGUCAUACAACUACAUGACCCAUGUCUUAUUUGAUAAUGUCUUCUGGAAAGGAAUCCUGGCCCAAGUGAACAAAUGGCGUGUUAGAGAAUUGGAUUUACCGAAAACAAAUUUGUAUCGAAUGCUGCAAACAAAAGUACCGUUUUUAUAUAACGUAUCCCCAUGUGUGUUACCACCAGCAAAUGAUUUCCCUGAUUGGGUCAAGGUUACCGGAUAUUGGUUUUUGGAUGAAGGUGGAAAAGACUAUAAACCUAAGAAGGAUUUGGUUAACUUUAUCGAUCAGGCAGCCAAGGAUGAGAAAAAGAUUGUAUACAUUGGAUUCGGAUCUAUUGUUGUGAAGGAUGCAGCAUCAUUGACCAGAGCGGUGGUUGAGGCUGUUCUUGAAGCUGAUGUUAGGUGUAUUUUGAACAAAGGAUGGUCUGACCGAGGAAGCCACAAAGACAAGAAUCAAAUGGAAGUAGAAUUACCUCCCGAAGUAUUCAAUGCCGGCUCUGUUCCUCAUGAUUGGUUGUUGCCUAAAGUUGAUGCCGCUGUGCACCACGGCGGGUCUGGUACCACUGGUGCUGCGUUGAAAGCUGGAUGUCCUAGUAUCAUUAAACCCUUCUUCGGUGACCAGUUUUUUUAUGCGAGAAGGAUUGAGGAUAUGGGUGCUGGGUUAGCAUUGAAGAAGUUGACAGCAAAAUCAUUGGCAAAAGCACUCGUCACUGUAACUGAAGAUUUAAAAAUUAUUGAAAAGACAAAGAGUGUGAGUAACCAAAUCAACCACGAGUACGGUGUCUUAACUGCUAUUGAGGCAAUAUACUCUGACAUGGAGUAUGCACGAAGCUUGAUCUGGGCUAAAGAAUUGCAUAAUGCCAAUUACAAACGUCAUCAUCCUGAUUUCAAGGCUCAAUCCGGUUUGCAAACAGCUGAGGUGUCUGAAGACGAAUCGGAGAGCGAGUAUGACAGUGACAGUACUAGUGAUGAAGAGGAUGCCGAUGGGGAUUUGACGGAACGUGAAGAUGAUGAGAGGAAAAAGCACGAGCUGAAUCUUAAAGGAAAGCGCUAG